AAUCGUUCCGUUUUGUUUACUGUGUUGAAACAAGACUAUUGACCCGUCUGCUUCGGUGAAAUGCUGCAUCACUGUUGAAACACCAGUGUUUAGUUCUCUUAUUUUGAAUGAAAUGGUCGGAAGCUGUAAGCUCAUUCCCGGAAGUUUUUCUUUUUUUCUUUUUCCUGUUUUCUGGCUGCAGAAAGAGAAAAAGUCGUGCAGUCGUGCUUAGCUUAGGUUGAUCGUAUGUUCGAAUAAAACCUGUGGCGCGGCCGAACUGACCUCACAUGGACCCGAACCGAAUUAUCCAGGCUCUGAAGGGCACAAUCGACCCGAAUCUGAGGUUAGCGGCGGAGAAUGAGCUUAAUCAGUCCUAUAAGAUCAUCAACUUUGCUCCCACCCUGCUUCAGAUCAUUGUGUCAGAGCAGGUGGAGUUUCCUGUCCGCCAAGCAGGUUCUGUUGACUCUGGCCGUGCACGGAUUCAGCGCGUCUUCCUCUGCCUGACAGCGGUCGGUAUGAGAAAUCCCGGGUUUCGGCACCAAAAACGUAUAGCUGCCAUCUACUUGAAGAAUAUGGUGAGUCAGUACUGGCAGGACAGGGAGCCAUCUGUGGGAGAGGUGGUUUUUCCUUUCAACAUUCAUGAGAAUGAUCGACAGCAGAUCCGAGACCACAUAGUGGAGGGUAUCAUCCGUUGUCCAGAGUCUAUACGAGCCCAGCUGACCAUGUGUCUGAGAGCCAUCAUUAAGCACGACUUUCCAGGACGCUGGACCGCCAUCGUAGACAAGCUCAGCAUGUACCUGCAGUCUCAGAACAGCGGCACCUGGUACGGGAGCCUGCUGGCUCUCUACCAGCUUGUCAAAACAUACGAGUACAGGAAGGCAGAUGAGAGGGAGCCGCUACUGGCAGUCAUGCAGAUUUUUCUGCCUAGGAUUCAACAACUCAUCGGCCAACUGCUUUCUGAUGCGACCAUUUUUUCUGUCCUCAUCCAGAAGCAGGUCCUCAAGAUCUUCCAUGCUCUUGUCCAGUACUCGCUGCCCCUUCAGCUGAUCAACCACACUGUGAUGACGCAGUGGAUGGAAAUUCUGCGAUCCAUUGUGGACAGAGACGUACCUGCAGAGACUUUGGAAGUUGAUGAGGAUGACCGUCCAGAGCUGGCUUGGUGGAAGUGUAAGAAGUGGACGUUGCGCAUCAUCACUAGACUGUUUGAGCGGUAUGGAAGCCCCGGCAAUGUGACCAAGGAGUACCAGGAGUUUGCAGACUUUUUUCUGAAGACCUAUGCAGUAGGCAUACAACAGGUCCUGCUGAAAGUGGUCGACCAGCACCGACAGGGUCAGUAUGUUACUGCUCGGGUUUUGCAACAGUGCUUCACCUACCUCAACCAGGGCAUUUCGCAUUCACUGACAUGGAAACAGAUGAAACCACAUAUGCAGACUAUCUGCCAAGAAGUCAUCUUCCCUCUAAUGUGCUACAGAGAUGAGGAUGAGAGGCUGUGGCAGGAAGACCCCUAUGAGUACAUUCGAAUGAAGUUCAACAUCUAUGACGACCAUUCUCUUCCAGCAACCGCUGCACAGAGUCUCCUGUGUAAAGCUGCUCGCAAGAGAAAAGAGAUUCUCCCUCAGAUGAUGGCGUUCUGCCACAAAAUCCUGGCAGACCCCUCUACUGACCCCCGGAGUAAGGAUGGAGCACUGCACGGCAUUGGAGCUCUUGCUGAGCUCUUACUAAAGAAGAGAAUAUACAGAGAGCAGAUGGAGUCAAUGCUACAAAACUAUGUGUUUCCACUGCUCAAUUCUCCAAUGGGUUACCUUCGAGCCAGGUCAUGUUGGGUGCUGCAUUGCUUCAGCCCACUGUGUUUCCAUAAUGAGCUGGUACUUAGGAACGCAGUGGAGCUGGUCAGACAAGACUUGAUAGACGACAAAGAGAUGCCUGUUAAGGUGGAAGCAGCCAUUGCUUUGCAGACACUUGUGAGCAACCAGGAGCAAGCCAAAAUGUACAUCAGGCCAUGCAUUCGCCAGGUGAUGCAGGAGCUUCUACAUGUGGUCAGAGAGACGGAGAAUGAUGACCUUACCAACGUCAUUCAGAAGAUGAUUUGUGAAUACAACCAGGAGAUGGCUGCUAUAGCAGUGGACAUGACACAAAACUUGGCGGAGAUCUUUACGAGAGUUCUGCAGAGUGAAGAGUAUGAGGAGAAUGAGGAAAAGACUGUGAUGGCUCUGGGCAUCCUUAGCACAAUAGACACAAUCCUUACUGUCAUGGAGGACCACAAAGAGAUCACUCAGCAGCUGGAAGGGAUCUGUUUGCAGGUGAUUGGCCUGGUGCUGCAGAAGCCCAUCAUAGGUAUGGCAGAGUUCUAUGAGGAAAUCCUGUCUCUGGCCUUUGGCCUCACCUGUCAGACCAUCUCCCCUCAGAUGUGGCAACUGCUUGGUGUCCUGUACGAGGUGUUCCAGCACGAUUGCUUCGACUACUUCACAGAUAUGAUGCCUCUUUUGCAUAACUAUGUUACUGUGGACACAGAUAUGCUUCUGUCCAACCCAAAGCACUUAGAGGUCAUUUACAGUAUGUGCAAGAAGGUACUAACUCUGGAUGCUGGUGAUGAUGCAGAGUGUCAUGCUGCUAAACUUUUAGAGGUGAUCAUUCUGCAGUGCAGAGGCAGAGGCAUUGAACAGUGUAUCCCUCUGUUUGUGGAGGCAGUGCUGGAACGUUUGAUGCGGGGGGUGAAGUCCAGCGAGCUGAGGACCAUGUGUCUGCAGGUGGUCAUUGCUGCCCUGUACUACAACCCAGCUCUGCUCAUUCAGACUCUGGACAACAUGCACUUUCCUCACAGCCCACAGCCCAUUACAGCCCACUUCAUCAACCAGUGGAUAAAUGACACUGAAUUCUUCCUGGGAUUCCAUGACCGUAAGAUGUGCGUCAUCGGUUUGACCAUGUUGAUGGAGCUCCCCAGCCGACCGGCAGCGCUGGAAAGAGUAGCUGGUCAGAUCAUCCCUUCCAUCCUGCUCCUUUUCCUGGGUCUCAAACACAUGUAUGCAUCACGUCUCAUCAACAAACCAGACCUGCUUGCCCAUGCAGGAGCUCAUGAUGAAGAUCAAAAUGAAGAGAUCCCCAGUGAUGAAGAUGAGGUGAAUGAAAACCAAAAUACCAUACAUCAGUCCAGCAUGGCAGCAGGCCACGGAGGUGACGACGACGAUAAUGAUGAUGAUGAUGACUACUGGGAUGAAGAUGCUUUUGAGGGAACACCCCUUGAGGAGUACAGCACGCCUCUGGACUAUGACAAUGGAGAGGAUGAGUACCAGGUCUUUACCGCCGCUCUGCUAAGAAUUCAGAACAGCAAUGCUGCCUGGUACCAGUGUUUGAUGGCUCCACUCAGUGACGAUCAGAAAAAACAACUCCAGGAGAUCUACAGCAUCUCACAGCAGAGAAGGAGCACUGCUGCCAAGGGCCACUGAACGCCGAGGAGAUAUAUGUCCUGCUGUAUCAAAGGACUGGGUCAAAAUAAAAAUGAAAAAAACAACAACAAAAAACAGAAGAAUAAAGAGAAGCUGACCUGACUUGAACUUUGAUUUCUGUUCAGUCUGCUGUUUAAGAACAGAUCAACCCAUAUCAGGUGAGGGGGAUUCAAACAAAACCAGAUUGGGUGAGGCUGGACUUGGGAGAGUUAAGGACAUGAUGCACUGCUGUAAUCUUCCUAGCACCACAGGAUUGCUGUUCUAACUGUAUAUGUGUGUGAGGACAUUUAUAAAUCUAACUGUUUGUGACCAGCAGAAUCCCUGCAGAUAUUUUGUAUGUGUAGUCCCUUCGGUCCGUGGUGAAAGAUCAGCCCUUCUGUCUGAGAAACUCUACAACAUGAAGACAUCUCACAAUGUGUCUUUACACUGUGAGCUUGUCUUUGUCUCUGUUCCUGAACAAGCAUCAUCUCAUGAAGCAAAAAAAUUCUCCAGCAGGACACCGUGUGUACUGUAUCCAGGACAAAUGUUCACACACCUUUAGCUGGGAUCUUCAUUUUUAAAUGUUUGGAGACAGAAAUAUUUCAGGAGGCAUCUUUCUCUUUGUUUUGUUUUUGAAAUAUUCUUCAGAGCUAAUUUGGCUAAUCUGAGAAAAUCCUAAACAUUCUCGUAACACUCUGCUGACUUGGUUUGGUUGUGUUUGUACUCCUGUCACUAUAUUUUGUUAAAUAUUAAAAUUAAUUCAUCAGUCCUAAAUGUACAAAAUGUGUGGCUCAAAUAGGAAGCAAGAUCAACUGUUCAAACAUUUCUUUGCAGUCCUGGGAAAUAUGGAAUAAAAUAAAUUCAUCUUUCGUA